AUGGCUGCUCCUCAGCAACAGAAGAAAGAGCUCAAGGUUCUGAGCCGGGAUGAUGUUGGCAAGGUACGCACUCGCUCGACAUGGGCUUCUCCUCCUCCUUCAUGCGAUUCACGCUUUUGAUGCCCCUCUCUUGCUUCCGUUCACUUCAGCACAACAAACCCGGAGAUCUUUGGAUCGUCAUCGAUGCCAAGGUCUACGACUUGUCAAAGUUUGCUGAGCUUGUGAGUGCUCUGAACGGGGCGAGAGGCAUCGCAUUGGCAGGAAAGCUCUGGGAACGUUGCUUGGCCACGGGAGCGAGAAGCUCGAUGAAGCUUUGGAUGACGCUUAUAGAGACAUGACCUCUUACAAGGCUCAUCUGCUUACUUUUGAGCGAUGGCUGGCGAAUAGUCGGCAUCUCUGCCGUGCCGUCGUGCCAUGACAGCUGACUCUCGUGCUGUGCCUUGAAUGCUCGCCACCCUUUAGCACCCUGGUGGCGAGAGUGUCCUGUACGACGAAGAGAUUGCCGGCCAGGAUGCCACAGAGACUUUCUUGUGAGUAGAUGCAAGCUGGAACAAGUUGGUCCCCACUUAGCACAAAGCUCAUCAAGGCCGGCACCACCCCCUUGUAGCGGUCUGCACUUGCACGAAGUCCUCCUCCGACCUGCUUAUCAAAGGCUCAUGAUCGGAGAGAUCAAGGGCGAGGAGUCCAAGGUCGUUGUGAGUUGCAGUGUACGCUUGAUGCUUUUCGUGCUCGUUUCGGCCCUCUCUAACUCGUUCGAUGCUCUGUUUUCUCGUCAGCCCGACGAGCUUGGCUCCCGCUCUAAGGUUCCUUACGCAGAGCCCAUGUGGCUCACCGACAACUACUUCUCUCCAUACUUUAAAGAGUCUCACCGCAGAUUGCAGAAGGAGUUCAGGGCUUACGUGGAUAGCAUGAUUUACGAGGUCGCCCAGCGAUGCGAGGCGAACGGCAAGCGCCCCGAUGUCGAGCUGCUCCAGGACAUGGGCAAGAAGGGCAUCAACGCCAUGCGCAUGGGCCCCGGAAAGCACCUGCACGGCCGAAAGUUGUUCGCCGAUGUCAAGGGUGAGGAGUUCGACUACUUCCACGAGCUUGUUAUCACUCAAGAGCUCGUCCGCAUGGGCGCUCGUGGCUUCGGUGAUGGCCUGAACGGAGGCAUGGUCAUUGGCUUGCCACCCGUCAUGAACUUUGGCAGCCAGAAGUUGAAGGAUGAGGUCAUCGAGCCGGUACUCAAUGGCGAGAAGUACAUCUGCCUCGCCAUCUCUGAAGCCUUUGCUGGAUCCGAUGUCAUGGGCAUGCGCACGUUUGCCCAGAAAUCCGAGGACGGCAGUCACUACAUUCUCAACGGAUCCAAGAAGUGGAUCACGAACGGCAUGUUCGCUGAUUACUUCACCACCGCAUGCAAGACCGACGAGGGAUACGCAGUGCUCCUGGUUCGCCGCGACUUCGGUGGCGUUGAGACCAAACAAAUUAGGACCUCUUACUCCACCACCGCGGGAACCGCUUACGUCACCUUUGACAACGUCAAGGUCCCCGCUGACUACGUCAUUGGCGAGGAUGGUCUUGGUAUUCAGAUCGUCUUGUCCAACUUCAACCACGAGCGAUGGGUCAUGUGCUGCAGCACCAUUCGCGCUUCGCGUGCCAUUUGCGAGCAGCUGCUCAAGUGGUCUGCCCAACGCAAGGCCUUCGGCAAGCCUCUCAACUCGCAGGCCGUCGUGCGCGCCAAGCUGGCUAGCAUCAUCUCUCAAUGCGAGGCUGCUCAGACAUGGCUGGAAUCCGUCACCUACCAGAUGUGCAACAUGACCUACAAGCAGCAAGCGCUCUUCCUUGCUGGUCAGGUCGCCCUCCUCAAGAGCUGGUCCACCCGCGUUUCUCACGACGUAGCGGACAAUGCUGUCAACAUCUUUGGUGGACGUGGUCUCACAAAGACUGGUAUGGGUCGCUUCGUCGAGGAGUUCCACCGCACCUACAAGUUCGACGCUGUUCUGGGUGGAUCUGAGGAGAUUCUGGCUGACCUCGGUAUCCGACAGGCUCUGCGUAUGAUGCCCGAGAACGCCAAGCUCUAG